AUGGCGCCAAACAAACGCAAGAAGCCCGUGACGGCCCUCGCGCAUAAACCGUCUGCGACCGCAUCGGCGAAUAUCACGCGCCAAACCAUCAGACGGUAUCAUGUCCUGCUCAAGGAGAAGGCGCGGUUGUUGAAGGGGGGUUCAUCCUCGGUAUCUACGCGGUUAGAUGACAUCGAGCGGGAGAUGAAGGAGUUGGGCGGGUUAGAGGGGUAUCAAGAAAUGUCUGUGAUUGGGCAGAGCAAAGAGAGAGGUGGUGGGAGUGAGAAGGCCUUAGUGGAGUGGUUGAAGGAGUUGGGCCAUGGGAUGACUCAGUCAAACGGGAGCAUGCAGCAUGAGACGGUCGAUCUACUUGAAGUUGGCGCUCUACAUCCAGGCAACUACGCCCGCUGGUCCAAAUGGAUCCACAGCAUGCCUAUCGAUUUACAUUCUCGACAUCCAGACAUCAAAGAACAGGACUUCCUCAAGCUCGACCCUGUCGAGAACGACGGGAAAUGGGACGUGAUCAGUUUGAGCUUAGUGCUCAACUUUGCAAGCAUGCCCUUCGACCGAGGCAAGAUGCUCUCCCUUGCACAUGGUUGUCUAAAGGGCACCGGGUCAUCGUACCUGUUUCUGGUCCUUCCCCUGCCCUGCGUAAUGAACUCAAGGUUCCUCACGCCGGAGCAUCUUAACUCGCUCAUGAACGCCAUUGGGUUCGAUCUCGUGAAAGAGAAGUGGAGACCAGGCGGGAAGGUGGCUUAUUGGCUAUGGAGGAAGAAGGGCCGGCCUGACAGGAAGGGAGGGGCGUUCACCAAGAAGCGAGUGUUGCACGAAGGCUCGUCAAGGAAUAACUUCACCAUCUUAUGGGACGGUAGUUGA